AUGCAGGAACCUACCUACGACCCUAGCCGCCCCAUGCCGGCUAUCGAGAUCGCCUACUCCUAUCGACUCGUAGGCAUCCCAAACAAGUCCAUCGUCAGCCUACGCGUCGAAUUCCCUCCCAAUAGCUCUACCCCUCCUCACCGACACGGCGGCGCCAACGUGGGAGCCUACGUUCUGGAGGGCUCCCUUCUAAACAAGAUGAACAACGAUCCAAUGAAGACGUUUCCAAAGGGAGGAAGCUGGUUCGAGGCGCCUGGAUGCCAUCAUCGCAUCAGCGAUAAUGCCAGCAAGACUGAGCCGGCAACCCUGAUCGCUACCAUGGUGACGGAUACCGAUGCCUUUGAGAGGGAUGGGAUGGCUGCUCUCAUCCAGAUUGAUGAGGAGUAUAGACCUGCGGCAUGA